AUGGCUAGUGUUGACGCCCCGUCUCAUCUGGGAAGAUAUAGCUUACUGGGAAUGUUCGUUCGACGUUGCCAAAUUGAAGGCGACAAGCUGAUGUUCGAUGAGAUAUGUAGAUUGUACAAUGCUGUCGUUAAAUACAAAGCUCCCAUACCUAAACUGUCGGAAAAAAUAAAGGAAUUGGAAGAUGAAGAUCUGAAGCCCGAAUGUGUACCUGACAUUCUUUCAAGAGUGACACAGACUUAUCAUAUGCACAAUCAAGAAUUAAUUGCCAAAUGUGAUGCAGAAUCAUUUUCUCAUUACGUGAUAACCCAACUUCGAAAAUAUGGUGGUAUCUUGCCCGUUGAACUUGAAACAAAACUUCGAAUGAUACACGAAAGAAUGCCCGAGAUAUCCACAGUGUACUACAUAGAUUAUGUAAACUGCAUGCAGUCAGGUGAAUAUGAGGGAGCGCUGACCAACUUUUACAAGUAUUCGAAUUUUUGUCCGGAUGAUGUCGAAAAUAGGAAUUGGUAUCAAUAUGUUUUGCUGAAUCUGGUGGUUCUCCAUGCAAAGUUUGGCCACAAGGAACAGGCGCUCCUGGCGAUUCGCGAGGCAAUAGAAAUGGCGCGUGAAAAUAAUGAUCAGGAAUGCCUUCGCUUCGCGCUGAGCUGGCUGUAUAGGUUAAAAUCAAGCGAUCGGACGACUAUAGAUCGCGUGGAUGCAACCGAUCAACAGAUGCUCGAAUCACUUAUAAUUAAAGCAAAACAAUCGGAUUUUGUCUAUUUACAAUCAUUGGGUGAACUUGGGAAAGCACAACACCAGACUCAACAGGGUGCAUCACCAACUGACGUUUUCGAAUCACUACUCCGGAGUUCUGUGUUGAAUAUGAACUGUCGUUUUAAGACAAUGAGAUUUCAAGGGCUACUACUUAGUGCAAGCGUGUGGCAAAUAUAUGGUAGCGCUGCGUUACCCGCCCUACAUUCAUCUGAAGUAAUGGACAGUCCUGAACCUAGCCCCGAGGAUCUCGUCACUGCCUACUGCCAGAUUGCUGAUCUUCACGUGUUGCAGGGUAAUUAUUCGAAUGCGCUGAAGCUACUGGCCGAUUCGAAAGAAAAGUUUAUUGGAAUUCGUCGAGCAGCCUUGCAAUGGGUUGUGUGCCUAGAAAAAAUUUUGUAUCAAAGGUGUUUUGAGAGAGACGAGUUUUCAAACGUCGAUGCAUUGGAGAUGCAACUUCGUGGCAGUUGUCAAGAUGAAGAGCUUAUGCACGCUGAUUUCGAUUUUCAUCGAGCCCUCUAUCUAGAGAAAAUUGGUCGUUCCGAUGAGGCCACAGACGUAUUUCACGAUCUAAUACAUAAGUUUUCGAGAUUGGGUUCCCAGAAUCAAAUGCUUGUUGCUAAUUACCUGCUUAAGAUCGCCGAAAUUCUUAUAGAUGCAGAAAAUCCCACGUCAGCUCUUCCUUACGUUCUAAGCUCGCUUUGCAUAAGUGAACGAUUUCAUUAUCAGAGCAGCUAUUUUAUGGCUAUCAUACGCUUAGCUCAGAUUUUGAUCCAUUUUGAUCUCGUCAAUAGAGCUAAAGUGAUGAUUGAAAAUAUUAUGCCGGUGAUUCUCGCGGAACAUUCAUUGUACAUGCAGUCAAUAGCGCAUUUCAUUUACGCUCAGUGCAUGAUUGCUUGUAUUACUCAAGAUGUGAAAGCACAUCAGAAACAAUCCAUACCAUGGGAAAAUGUUUUGACGCAGUUGGAAAUCGCUCAAAGAGGAUUUACAAAGUUAGAAUCUGUCUCUCAAUUACUUAACGUGGUUCAGCUGAAAUCAUACAUAUACAACGCUAUGGGAAAUAUCGUGCAACGUGAUUUCGAAGCUAAGGAAUUUAGGAGUCUACAUGACAUACAGGAGGCUAACAAACGAAAACAACCGGAUUGGAAUAUUCCAUAUUAUGCAAGAUAUAUUCAAGUGCAAAAAGAACAAUUAUCUCCAUCCAAACAAGACACUGAAAGUUGGAGGGGAGGUACUCCCGAAUCUGAGGAAAGUUCCCCAUCGACAGAUACCGACACAAUCCAGACAAUUCCGAUGGAUACCACCAUGGCCAGUGCGUCUGUAGCGGACACAUCCAUGGUUGGCGCGAAUACUACUAUGGCUAGUGCGGUCACGAUGGAUACAGAUGAUAUAUCCGAAGAUAUAGCAUUUGAAGAAUAUUUAAAUUUUCCUUGA